CUCGACAUGGUUGACGUUACGCAGGAACUGCUCGAUGGACCUGCUUUGGAGGCUCCACCUGGAGUCACUGUCCAUUUGACUCGAACCUCUCCAGAGCAGAAGUGGUACUUCGUUUGCGUUCCCCUCUUCACUAUAAUACCGGGAAUUUUCAUACUACUUCGGCUCUAUACCGGACUGAAGAUUGUUCGCAAACUAGGGUGGGCCGAUUACUUCCUUUUAUUGGCUUUCGUUAUUUUCACUGUCAGUCUCGGUUUAGCAAGGUUCACUGUUCAUUAUGGAGCCGGUGUUCAUCUAUGGAAUCUGCGCGUGAGCGAUUACAUUAAGCAACUAUUCUGGCUCGACAUAUCCGAAGCUCUGUACUGCCCCUGCAUCUUCCUCAUCAAAACCGCCAUUGUCCUGCAGUACCUUCAAAUCUUCGUUCCUUCACGCACCGGGAAUGAAGUCAUGUUCUACGGAGGAUGGGGAACCAUCGUUGCCAUGUUCAUUUUUUACACCGUCACUUUGUUGCUGCUGUUUAUUUAUAACACAAAGGGAAAAAUUCGGGAUGACUACUACGAACGUCGGAAGGUUACGCACUAUGAUCCAUCGAUUAUAGCUAGUGCUGCGUUCAAUAUCGUGUCGGAUCUGGUCGUUCUACUGCUCCCCGUACGCGCGGUGUGGAAACUACGUAUCAACGCUAAAAAGAAGGCCGGUAUCAUCAUACUCUUCGGAACAGGUCUUUUAGCUACACUGGCUUCAGGCAUGCGAAUCCUAUAUAUGAUCAGACUACUCCACCAGGGCGAGUACCGCGACACAUCCUACGAGCUAGCCCGCAUGGGCCUCUGGUCCUGGGCCGAAAUAGCCCUGGGCAUCAUCGUAGCCUGCACGCUCUCCCUCCCGAAACUGUUCCGCGCAAAGUCGAAGGAACUCAGCGUCGUGCUCUCUGCCGUCUCGAGGCCUUUCCAGUCGAUACGGUCGGCGUUCGGUUCGCACGUUUCUCGCGCUGGGUCGCGACAUGAUGGCGGGGAUGAUAUGAAUGAUCGGUAUUCGCUUGUGAGGAUCGGGACGGAGAAGAGGGAGGCGAAGACGAGGGAUUUCGUGCAUGCGCCUCCGGGACUGACGAUUGGAUCUGAUGGGGGGAGUUUUGUGAUGGCGGAUGGGGCUUCCGCGAAGGACGCGAGGGCAGAGGAAGAUAAUAGGACGCUUGAUGAGCUGGAACGGGGGGAUGUAGCUACGAGAUGGAACGUUUGAUUUUGCUAGAUAUAUAAGGAUGCAUAGACAUAUUCAACAAGUAUGAAGAGAACUUCC